GUGGCCGUUGGGGCCGACGCGCCCCCCCCCCCCGCCCCCCAGCAUGGAGCCGGCCGCCCGCGCGGGCCCUCGCGCAGAUAAGAAUGGGAUGGGGGCUGACAAUGAGGAGGCCGGGAUAGCUCAGAACGCUCCUAAGACAGUGGAUUCUCUCAUGGCAUUAACAGAAAGGUUCAGAGAGUGUGAUUCCCAGGGUCCUGGCAAAGAGGAUUCCUCUGGGAGUCCGAGCGGGACACAGUGGCAGCAGCAGGGGGACACUGUAGGGAAGAGACAGAGUAAAUCUGACUGGGGCCAGCCAAAGAGCCAACCAAGAGAGAAGCCCCAUCAGUGUCCUCAGUGUGGGAAAAGAUUUGGACACAGUUCACACCUUAUUACCCACUGGAGAGUCCAUACAGGAGAGACGCCCCAUCAAUGUGCUGAAUGUGGGAAGAGGUUCAAGCACCGGUCCUCCCUCAAUACACACCAGAGAGUGCACACAGGAGAGCGGCCCCACCAUUGUCUUGAGUGUGGGAAGAGCUUCCGGCACAGCUCCCACCUGAUCACGCACCGGAGAGUCCACACAGGAGAGAAGCCCCAUCAAUGUGCUGAGUGUGGAAGGAGAUUCCGACACAGCUCUUCCCUUAACACGCACCGGAGAGUGCACAUGGGAGAGAAACCCCAUCAGUGUGCUGAGUGCGGGAGGCGAUUCCGGCAGAGCUCGCACCUGAUCACCCACCAGCGGGUCCACACUGGAGAGAGACCCUACCAGUGCGCUGAAUGUGGGAAAACCUUUGCUGGCCACUCCGCGUUUGCCACCCACCAGUGGAUCCACACUGGAGAGAAGUCCCACACGUGCGCCGAGUGUGGGAAGAGGUUCCGGCACAGCUCCUCCCUCCAUGCCCAUCGCAGAGUGCACACUGGAGAGAAACCCCAUCAAUGCACUGAGUGCGGGAGGCGAUUCCGGCAGAACUCACACCUGAUCGCGCACCGGAGGGUCCACGUAGGAGAGAGCCCCUUCCGCUGCCCUGGGUGUGGGAAAAGGUUCAGCCACGGCACAGACCUCAUUCGACACUGCAGGAAGGUGCCACUGACGUUUGCGGAUGUAGCUGUGCAUUUCACAGCGGCAGAGUGGGCCCUUCUGGGUGAGAGGCAGCGGGAGCUCUACCGAGACACGAUGAUGGAGAACUAUGGGAACGUGGCCUCUCUGGGGAUUCCCGUUCACAAGCCUGACAUCAUCUCCUGCCUGGAGCGGGGGGAGGAGCCCUUUGUCCCAGCUACCCAGGGCCUUGAGGAACCAGAGAUCCUGAGAGGCAUCUACACAGGGGACGGCUCAUACCCAGAUGGCCUCUUUAUCCCAGAUAAUGACAGGAUUGUGUCUCCGACUCGAGAGUCCUCACCUGGGAAUCCCGACUGGGGAGCGAGCGAAGCAGUGGGCACCCUUUGGAGCUGCACAGAGACAAACCCGCUCCAUGCACUGACUGUGGGGGGUGUCACAGCUCGUGUUGCAUCAGAGACACCCCGCCGGAUAGAAACCAGCGGGGCUGCGUCCCCUGGGCCCAGGGGGCCCCGUCCCACCAGACACAUUCUGCAUCACACACCAUUCGAGGCUUGUGGGGUCAGCCGUGAGUUGUGGUCUCAGGGGAAGGGAGCACAUUCCUGGGGUGAUUAAUUGCUUGGGAAUCACGUAAUGGGGGUGCAUUAGGGUAGAAACCAGAGGGGAAGGAUUCCUGGCUGUAUCACUGGCCUGCUGGGUGACCUUGGGCAAGUCACUGUCCUGCUCUCUGCCUCCAUUUCCCUAUCAGUAAAAUGGGGAUAAUGUUACUGACCUUUGUCAAACACUUUGGCAUCUAGUGAAAAAAAAACACUAGACAAGAGCUGGGUUUUAUUAUUUUAUUUUAUUUUAUUUUAUUUUAUUAUUAAGGAGCAUCUUGGGCUUAUUGAUCAUUGCUUAGGUGCCAGUGAUCAUGACUUGAUUACAUUUGUCAUGUGCAAACAGAACAAUGUCCAAACCAGUAUAAUUAUAUCUACACUUGUACUUUAAAAGGGCCAGUUUCACAAAGCUGAAAAAAGUGACGAGUCAAAUGAGCUGGGAGAAAGCAUUUAAUCAGAAAAUUGUGAAUGCUGUUUUGGAGUUGUAUAAGAACAUUGUACUAGAUGCCUAAAAAACCCAAAUUCCCCAAGAAAGAAAUAAAGGCUAUUCAUGUGGAAAAAAACCAACAA